AUGAAGUCGUAUUCAUCUCCACCGCCAGAGCGUGUCGGUGCACGUUUGUAUUUCAUUGGCUUUCCUGAGGACGUGGAACCUCGGCUCUUUCUUGAGAUGGAACAAGUAUCAAGCGUAGCUUUACAGAUUCUUUUCCCCCUACUGGUUGAGAUUGGGUUCCAAGCUGAGAAAAAACCAUGGCUACAUCCAGGCGAACGGGAUUCCGUAGCCAUCUACAUCGACGCCUUUGCGACACAAACAUUCAUCGAUAGGGUUUUGCGCCAUCAGCCAGAGAGCGAAGUCAAUCAAGUCGCAACGCUGCAUCUCCAGAAGGGUCUCACUCUUCUCCGUGAAAGAAUGGGUGGACUUGACGACGAGGCAAAGAUCUCAGAUGCUACGAUCGGCGCCGUCUUGGAUUUGGCUACUGCUGCGCUUUUCCAUGGGGACGCCAAUACAGCCAAGCAGCACAUACGGGGCCUGGGGAAGAUGACGGAUUUGAGAGGCGGGCUGAAAGCAUUCGAUACUAAUCCGGGGCUUCUGAUGGAGAUCUUGAGAUGUGACAUGAGCAUUGCAUUGUUCACAGCAAAUGAACCCGUCUUCUGUUGUCGAGCGGGCUCAAAGCUGCCCGAUUUCCCAGACCAGGUGCUCUCGAGCUUCGACUCCACCGAGUGUCCCGACUUCCUCAACGCCCUAAACCCCAACCUGGCCGAGGUAUGGCGUGUCACAAGGAAGUUCUGCCUUUUGGUCAACCUUGCCACGCAGACACGAAGACAGUUCCACCCCUCCCUGAUAUACGAUUCCAUGACCUCGAUCAUGUACCGCCUCCUCCGCAUGGUCUUCACGAACGGGUCAUGCGACGAGACGUUACGACUGGGUCUCUUAGUCUUCACGCAACACAUCUUCCUGCAGGGACAGCAGAUUAGGCUUCCCAGCCAACCCUUAUCACAGUGGUACCGAAUACAUCUCAGAGCCAUUGAUAGCCAAAGGGCGCCGACGCAGAUCACGCUGUGGUUGCUGAUGGUGGGUGCUAUUUCCUUAUACAGCGUCGCUGAAGAAGCAUGGCUGGGUGAAAGUCUUAGAAGAUGCAUGGAGAGAUGCAACGUAGGAUCAUGGAAGGACUUGCAGUAUGUCCUGAAGUCGUGCAUGUGGAUCCCGGCUCUGGAUGAUCGGGUAGGGCAGCAGAUUUAUGAGUCGAUAUUACCUAGUUAA